AUGUCUUAUGAAUCCAGAAGUAUUUUUGGAGGCAGACUUUAUUGCUGCAGAGAUGACAAACAUGCUUCUUCAGCAAGGGAAGUAGACAUGGCAAUCAUUCCAAACUUUAUUAAUUUCGAUUUGUAUUCAAUCACGGAGUUUUCAGCAGUGGUAGGAUACCACUCUCUGGUGUUCAUUGUAAAGAAACCUGAGAAGAUACCUAAUUGGAGUUCCAUUGUCGCUCCAUUUUCAUUUAUGAUUUGGAUCGCUGUGUUUAUAACCGUCAUAGUGUUUGGACUAGCGUUACACAAAGUGUUAGAACGAGAGUUUGCAAUAGAACAUAUAGACGUAUUUUGGCCAAGAAGUAAAAUUUUCUGGAAUUUGUUUCGCAGUUUCGUAUAUCAAGGAAUAAAUUUGGAUUGUAUAAAGAGGUUUCUAUCCAGAUUUAUGAUUGGAAUAUGGUGUUUAUCCAUCGUUAUUCUAGGGUCUAGUUAUAGAGGGACUUUAAUGUCGUUCAUGACGUAUCCUGUUACUGAAAAAAUUCCAAACACUUUUGAUCAGUUAGCAAAUUCUAUACUAACAGGAGAAUAUUCUUGUGGAAUAGCCAGUAAAUCUGUUUUAUGGCAAUCUAUUCAAAAUUCCAAGUUAAAAUCUGCGAAGAUCAUAUCAGACCAUAUAAUAAAAAACAACAACUUUAUUGAAUUAAACAAAGCAAUUGAAAAAGUACAAAAAGAACGAUUUGCCUUAAUAUUCACUGAUUAUUUAUUAAAAAACAAACUUCGAAAUAAUUUAGACAACUUUGUAUUUUCGAAUGACAACCUUUUUACUUUUAUGGAAGCAUAUGCAAUGAGGAAGAGUUUUCCAUUCAGACCUCAUAUUUACGAAAUGACUAGUCGAAUAUUCGAUUCUGGAAUCAUCGAGAAAAUCGAUUAUGCUGAACAAUCUCGAACAAACAAAGUUUCAGAAUUUCGCGAAUUAUCCAUCAAAGAUAUCAUCAGCCCCACACUAAUUGUGCCAAAUUGA